AAUAAUUUCUUUGAGCACAAUUUAAAUGAUCAACUGCUGAAUUACACAGAUGAAUCUUAACCAAACUGAUCAUUGCCUCAGGUUUUCCUGUCCAGGGAGAUCUGUAUCUACUGCACUGUAUGUGUUAUCAUAUGUGUCUGCAGCAGCUGUUGUUCUGGUAACAGUGUGUGGAAACCUGCUCAUCAUCAUCUCUGUGUGUCACUUCAAGCAGCUCUACACACCAACUAACAUGCUCAUCCUCUCUCUGGCUGUGUCGGACUUUCUAAUUGGAGUUUUUGUGAUCCCUGUUUCAUUAAUAUGGAUGAUUGAAUCAUGUUGGCUGUUUAGUUCAAUUUACUGUUUGUUUUAUAUAUCAAUCUCAUAUAUUCUCAUAGGCACAUCAAUAUAUAAUGUUGUUCUCAUUGCUGUUGAUCGGUAUUUUGCUCUCUCUAAGCCUUUUCUAUACAACAAAACAGUCUCUUCCAGCACAAUGUGCUUUGUAGUUUCAUGUAACUGGCUUGUAUUGUUUUUUUAUAAAACAGCAAUUCAGUACUUCAAUGGACGUUUUGCAAGUCUGGCAAUGUGUCCUGGAGACUGCUUCUUAGUUUUGGAUGAGGUCUGGUCUCUGGUUGAUCUUCUGUUGACUUUUGUUUUCCCACUUUCUGUAAUAGUUAUAUUGUAUGUUCAAGUGUUUUUUAUUGCCAAGAAACAUGCCACUGCUAUUAGAGAGCUUAAUAGUCACACCAGGACUCAGACCUCAAAGAACAUGUCAGACUCAAUGAAAUCUGAGAGAAAAGCAGCAAAAGUUCUUGGUAUUUUAGUGUCUGUAUUUGUGGCCUGUUUACUUCCAUACUUUGUUUACAACUUAUUAGGUAAUAUUGAACUAGAGCCAUUUCAGAAAGUGUUGUUGUUGGUACAUCUUAAUUCUGCCAUUAAUCCAGUUAUUUAUGCUUUGUUUUAUCCAUGGUUUAGGAGGUGUGUUAAGAUCAUUUUAACUCUUCACAUAUUCAACACUGAUUCUGCAUUGACAAAUGUUCUUUUUGAAUGAAAUAGGCAUUACAGGUUAUACAGUACAUAGGUUUUGUGGGCACUUAUUUGAUUGCACUUAUUUGAUUGCAUUUGUUCACUCAAAUUUGUUCAACUAUAAACAUCCUGAUAUCCUCUGAGCUCUACAAUUAUGAAAUAUAGA